CAUCCCUGUGAUAAGUACCCUGAAACCCGUGCGAUCCUUUAAGGUUCUCAAGGUCCUACACUCAAUUAAUUUUCAUUAGUUUUACAUGUGUGCAUCAAAGACGACGCGCUGAAAAAGGAUUAAUAUUAAGGAGAAAAAAGUAAUGAACGGUCUGGCCGACAUGUACACCACAGUUGACUCAACCAUUCCAGAUUCAAGCACUUUCAAAGAACACCUGAUUCACUUGUCCAAAAGAGAUCGGUGCGAGAACCAGGUGACGCUCUCGCGGGAAGAGAGGCGAAGACGGCGCCGUGCGACGCAAAAAUACCGCACGGCACACGCGACCAGAGAACGUGUUCGGGUUGAAGCCUUCAACGUAGCCUUCAGCGAGCUGCGAAAAUUGUUGCCUACCCUGCCCCCGGACAAGAAACUAUCAAAAAUUGAAAUCCUCCGCCUGGCUAUCUGCUACAUCGCUUACCUCAACCACGUUCUCGAUGUGUAAUCGGACGACCUUUUGCAACAAGGAACUACUAUUUCUGACCCAUCUAUAGAAGAACCCAUCUGCAAACGGAAACCAAUAGUACAUGCGAUUUUUUAAAAAUAUGAGCUAGAAAUAAUAGAUCCCUAUUGCAAAAAAGAAGUCCAGUGAAAUACGAUACCUUUGACAAAACUCAACUAAAAUUAAAGAUUGUGCCGGACUGUGCAAUAUUUAGCAAAUCGCUCUUCGCAUAACCACUGUGUAAACCUUGAUUUUCAUUCCUAAUGUUCAAGGUGCUUGUGGUUUUUGUCGUCAUUCAAUGAUGAGCCGAUGCCGAUCCAGCAAUUUGACAACACCGGAUUUCCCCCUUUUAAACCUAUGUUAAAUAAUCGAUUCUAUAGUCGGAGAACCUGGCCUCUACAAGAAUCGAUAUAUUUCCAUUGGUUUAAAUGGAGAAAAAACAAGGUUGUUAAUUUGCUGGAUCCGCUAAUGAUGAUGAGUGUGACUAUCCGGAGUCGAAUGUUCUCCGUACAAUAACAGCAUACUUACUUAAAUCUAUACUUUCGCAGCCAAUAUGGACUAAUCA